CUUUCAGAAGGAGUUGAGUUCCCUGGUUGUAGCAGUCUGGUUGGUUUAUGACUCGAUUGUAGUCCAUCGGCAGUGCAACAACCCGAACACUGUGCGGUGUACACGGCUAGUGUUCCCUGAAAAUGUCCGGAAAGUGACUCCUAAACGCGGCGUGAAAACCUGGACGCUGACGCUGGAUUCCUUGGAAGUUUUCUCGCUGGUUAACCUGGCUCUUCUGCGCCGUAUCCGCAGCGUUAGGGCUCAUGGAGUUGGGGACUCACCACCUGCUGUGGACCAUGGAGCUUCGUCCAUGCUGGGUUCAAAGCAAACGGCUAUAAAGGGUGGGAACCUUAACUACCCUUCAGUUCCUUUUUCUCUGCCUUUUUCCUAAGUUGCCCCCCAAGGUGAAAUCAUUCCACCGUGUUGGAGAUCAACGACAUGAUCGGCAAGCUGAAGCAGAACUUGAUGGUGGCCUGUCUGGUCAUAAGCUCGGUCACAGUCUUCUACCUUGGCCGACAUGCAAUGGAAUGUCAUCACCGCUUUGAGGAGCGCAGCCAUCUAGGAGGAAUCCUGCCUCUGUCCGCACUGGGAGGCAGUAUGCGGACCACCUUACGGACUGGCCAGAAUCUCAGCACACCUUUUGUUUACAACAAAGACAUGCCACUGAUCUUUAUUGGGGGUGUGCCCAGAAGUGGGACCACACUGAUGAGAGCAAUGUUAGAUGCCCACCCUGACGUGCGCUGCGGCGAAGAAACACGCGUCAUUCCACGCAUCCUGGCCAUGAAGCAGAUGUGGAGCCGCUCGGGGCGGGAGAAGAUGCGCCUGGAUGAGGCCGGUGUAACAGAUGAGGUGCUAGAUGCUGCCAUGCAGGCCUUCCUGCUGGAAAUCAUCGUCAAACAUGGUGAGCCAGCCAACUUCCUCUGCAAUAAGGACCCGUUUGCACUGAAGUCACUCUCUUACCUGGCCAAGAUUUUUCCGCAUGCCAAGUUUGUGCUCAUGAUUCGUGAUGGGAGGGCAUCAGUUCAUUCCAUGAUCUCACGGAAAGUGACCAUUGCAGGCUUUGACCUAGGCAGCUAUCGGGACUGUCUGACCAAGUGGAAUCGGGCGAUAGAAACUAUGUACACUCAGUGCUUGGAGGCAGCAGACAAAUGCCUACCUGUGCACUAUGAACAGUUGGUCCUCCAUCCUGAAAAAUGGAUGAGGACACUGUUGAAAUUCCUUGAAGUUCCUUGGAAUGAUGCUGUCCUUCACCAUGAGGAGCUUAUUGGGAAAGCAGGGGGAGUUUCCCUUUCCAAAGUGGAGAGGUCCACAGACCAGGUCAUAAAGCCAGUAAAUGUGGAAGCCUUGUCCAAAUGGGUGGGAAAGAUUCCACCUGAUGUGGUGAGGGACAUGGCCAACAUUGCUCCCAUGCUUUCCAGACUGGGCUACGAUCCGCACGCCAAUCCCCCCAACUAUGGUCAGCCUGACCCCAAAGUUUUGGACAACACCAGGAGGGUCUAUAAAGGUGAAUUUCAGCUCCCAGAUUUCCUAAAAGAACAAUCACAGAUGCAGAAGUCUGCAGAGAGACCCAACCCAAGUUAGAAGCAGAUGAACUGUUUGCACCACAGCACACAGGACUCGGCGGAUCUGAGGCUAAAAGGCCUUUCACCACCUGCCCCGGAUUAUGGCUCAUCUAAGCAUUCACGUCUUCACCAGAAUAAGGCCUCUUUCUCUUCCCGUGGGCCGCUACCUCCUGUUCUUCAGGAGGACCUUUGGCCUUUAGUGUUGUACCUUAACAUGAGAAGAGGUGCAGUUUCUCAGCGCCACUGAAUGUCUGCUGAUUGUUAUUAUGUGUCACAUCAAACUCAUCAAGUUUGUAGGAGCGACCUCUGGAUGUUUAGAGAAAAAACUGUGAUUCUGUUGUAAGAAACUACAGUGAACUUAAAUCAAACCGGUAUUUAUAAAUGGGGGAUUAGCUUUUGGAAGCUACUAUACCUAUUUUAAUGUUUAAUUUUUGCUUUCUUGCCCUUUUAUUGUGCAAUGCCAUGGGUACUGUUUAGUUUGAUGUAUCAAAAGUGAUAAAAUGAUGCUUUUUAUAAAA